AAGUCUUGUGGGGUAGUUAAGAGGAAAGCCAAUACAUUUCACUUUGUACAGUUCUAUUAUCCACUUUAUCUCUCAACAACAAUGGCUUCUUUUUCUUCAUCAUCUUCAUCAAUACUCCCAUCUUUGACCUCCACACUCUCUUCAUCUAAACCUUCAAUACCCUUCAACUUCAGUCCUUUCACUAAAACUUCUAAAAGGGUCACCAAUUCUGUCCAAAUCUUGAAAGCCCAAACACUAGAAUUUUCAGGUUCUUUCUUCGAAGGUGGUUUCGGAGAAAACAAUGAUGAGCCACCAACUACACCUUGGUCUGGUAUUUCUGCUGUUGAAGAUAAAGAGGAACCACAGUGUCCACCUGGUUUGCGCCCUUAUGAAACUAUGGCUGUUUUAAGACCAGAUAUGUCUGAAGAUGAAAGACUUGCUCUUACCCAAAAAUACGAAGAGUUGCUGGUUGCUGGUGGUGGUAUGUAUGUGGAGGUCUUCAACCGGGGGGUUAUUCCGCUUGCAUACAGCAUUAGAAGAAAAAAUAAAGCUGGAGAGACAAAUACAUACUUGGAUGGGAUUUACCUCUUGUUCACUUAUUUUACUAAACCUGAAUCCAUUGCAGCCCUUGAGGCAACACUGAUAGCUGAUGAUGAUGUUAUCCGAUCGUCCACUUUCAAGAUCAGGAAAAGGAAAUACUAGUUUAAUUUUGUAUUCGUUUAGCUGUAAAAGACGAUAACAGGAGGAGGCAGGUUUUCCUCAUCGCGCCUCUCGGAUGUUGAAGUAUUACAGUCUUUUUCAAAGUACAGCAGUAUCAAUUUGUAAUAUUUUUAUAUUACUGAAAGUUGCGAUUACAUUCUGCUUUAGUAUCCUCCAAUUUUUACUUAAAUAUAAUAGUAGUAGCAUUAUUGAGCA